AUGGAUCUCCCAGUACGAACCCCUUCCUCAGACCAAAGCAUGGAGCUAUACGCAACCGGCUUCAAUGCCUGGAGUCAGCUCACAUUCGGCCUUUCGCCAGCGGACGAAGAGCCUGACGAUGUAUUCACUUUCACGAAAAUAUUGGCGGCUAGCUCUCUUGGUCGGAUUGCUUCUGAAAUGAGCUAUACUGCAGUUCAACAAAAUACUUCUUGGGCCAUUGCCGGAUCAUCUCCUGACCAAGUUCUUCACCGUGAAGACAACCAAGGGUUUCUAUUCGACUCUCCAAGUGCUAUUUCAGGGGAUGGGAAGGUCUUGGCUGUUCAGGAUUCGGACUGUUCACCCUCAAAUCAAGUCAUUGUUCAGUAUCCGUCCUUGGCGGCAUGGAAAGCCAACAAGAGUACCGACUCAUGGCCUUGCAAGGCUUCUGUCCGCCAGAUAGCAGCCUACGAUACUGGUUUCAUCAUUCUUCUCGAGGAUGAAACCGUCUCAAGCUGUGGUGAUCCACGAUUUCGAGACUGCCUCGGCCGUGAUGUUGACGAGUCCUGCCCUGCCAACGAACCCGGAAUCAUACAAGAUCUGAGUGAUCUCGGCGAACCCAUUAAGAAGAUUGCUGCAGCGGGAUAUACAGCUGCAGCUUUGACAGAGAGUGGCGGAUUGUAUCUCUGGGGUAUGGCAACCCCUGGCUCACAAAGCCGACACAACUUAUUUCAAGAUAUCAGCGAGUUGCCAAAUUACUUCCAAGUCGAUGGAGACAAAGACGUGCAGGAUAUUGGAAUUGGAGAAUCACAUGCCAUUGCUCUCACAUCAGAUGGCUGCAUCUACCUGAUAGGGAAUAACACCAAUGGUCAAAUUGGUCUUGGCAAAGAUGCUCAAGAUCUAGUUCCAUCAUGGUCAAAGAUAGAUUUUACGCCCCCUGAGGGUUUGGAAAUUGUUGCCGUCCAGGCUGGUCCCAGGUCAUCAUUUAUAGUCACAAAAAAGGUAAAACAAUCUCAAAGCUCAUAA